GCGAGAAAACCUUCAGUCUACUACUCUACUUCACACUUACUGAAAAUAUGGACGCCACCGGAGAACGGACGGCGGGUCCGACACCGGAGAAACCGUGGGGAGAGAAAGUAUCAGAAGCAGUUCUCUCAAUAUACCGGCGUUUGCCAAAGAAAGGAAAACCUCAGGGUCGUGAAGUCACUGUUUUGGCUGCUUUUCUUCUCUCUUCACCUUCCCAAGAACUGAAAGUGAUAUCAGUGGGAACGGGGACGAAAUGCAUAGGGCGUUCGCGACGGAGCUCGAAAGGCGAUGUUGUGAAUGAUUCUCAUGCUGAAAUUAUCGCUAGAAGAGCUCUACUUAGGUACUUGUAUUCAGAGAUUCAACAUGUUUACAGUACUCUUGAUAGCAAUGGAAGUGUAUUAUGUGACGAUGUGGCAAACUUCAUGUUCCAUUUGGAGAAUGAUGGUUUAGGACCAAAGAGAUUGAAAAUGAAACAGGGGUGGCAGUUACAUUUGUACAUAUCACAAUCACCCUGUGGAGUUGCUUCAUCUAAUUCAGAACGCUCUUCAUUGUGGGAUAGUCCUUCAAAGAAAGGGGACAUGAUGUGCUCAUCUAUGCAACAUAGUUAUUCAAAAGGGGAGUCAUUGGGAUAUACUACAACGGAUGAUGGUUGUUGUCCCGUGGCCUUUGGCACAGUCUUGCGAAAACCUGGCCGUGGAGAUACAACUUUGUCAGUCAGCUGCUCUGAUAAGAUUGCCCGUUGGAACGUGGUCGGUGUACAAGGAGCUCUACUUUCUUACUUCUUGGAUCCAAUUUAUAUCUCUUCUGUGACCAUUGGACAGUCCCAUAUAGCUUCUAAAACCUCCAUUCUUGAAGUUGAAAUUAUGAGAGCUGUAUAUGAGCGGAUCUUACCACUGUCCAACAAUUUAAUCGAUCCAUUCCAAGUGAAAAAGCCACUUGUCUUUGUAGCGCCAACUCCACCUGAGGAGUUUCAACAUUCUGAAACUGCUCUCACCACUUUAACUUGUGGUUACUCCAUAUGCUGGAACAAGUCUGGGUUGCAUGAAGUCAUACUUGGAACCACUGGCAGGAAGCAGGGUACUUCUGCGAAAGGCGCAUUGUCUCCUUCCACUGAGUCUUCUCUAUGCAAGAAGCGCUUUUUGGAGUCCUUCUUAUCACUAUCACGUAAUUGCUUAAGUGAACAUGCUUUUGUUGAGAGCUCUUAUCGAGAACUGAAGGAUAAGUCGAGAGAAUAUAAUUUAGCUUCAAAAACCUUUAAAGGCAGUUCAAAUUUCAAGAACUGGUUUCUGAAGCCUCAAGAUUUUGAGAUCUUCUCAUUUAUGGCUCCGUGAAGUGAGUUGCUGCCCAAGAUACGUUGCAUGACUGAAAAUGAGUGCCUUGCAGGUACAAUGGUGGAUUUGUGAAUGUAUUUGAUGGUUGAAGAGUUGAACAUGGGUCGCGGGUCAUUUUGGAGCGGAGGCUGAUAGUAUGAGCCCAAAUCCGGGUGAACACCUUCAUUGAAUUGACAGGGGAAUAGGCCAAAUUACGUGACGUUUUUUUCAGUUUAGCGCUCUGUGAAGUUGUUUGACAGGGGAAUUAGUUAGGUUUCUUGCAAGUGACUUCAAAUUUCUUCCCCUGUUAUUGAAGGGAUCACCGGAAAAAUGAAAAUCUGAGCCCUAAUGAAUUAUGCAUGUCAAAGGAUGCUGUCACCGCGAUUUGCUUUAUACUUAUGCUGUCUCUAUGAUUUGCUUUAUGA